AUGUCCUCACUUUCCCUGGUUGGUCGUCUUGGAACCAUCCUAGCGAAGAGGACAGGAGCUACUGGUCUUAUGGUUCAUCGUGAUUCGGAGGUAAACAACGCGAAAGUGAAAUUCACAUUUACUGAAGAGAAUAAGAAAAGGCUUGAUGCUAUUAUUGCAAAUUAUCCUGAAGGACAUAAAGCUGCAGCAUUGAUUCCUGCCUUGGAUCUUGCACAACGCCAACAUGGUUGGCUGCCUAUUUCAGCGAUGCACGAAGUUGCUCGUAUCUUAGAUGUCCCCAGAAUGCGAGCGUAUGAAGUAGCGACUUUCUACACCAUGUUCAACAGGCAACCUGUUGGAAAAUAUUUCCUUCAGGUGUGCGCUACCACUCCCUGCAUGCUUCGUGGAGCAGAAACUAUCACUGAAACUAUAGAAAAGAAGUUAGGCAUUCAUGUGGGCGAAACGACGAAAGACGGACUUUUUACGUUGGCUGAAGUUGAGUGUCUAGGUGCAUGCGUCAACGCACCUAUGAUUCAGAUAAAUGAUGAUUUCUAUGAAGACCUUACUCCCCAAGAUGUAGACGACAUCUUGUCUGACCUUAAAGCUGGGCGGCGAUCACAGCCUGGUCCUCGCUCUGGACGACUUGCUGCUGAACCGAUGGGAAAAAUGACCUCGCUCACGGGGGAACCCACUGGACCCGGUUUCGGCCUUCAAGCUGCUUUGAAGUAG